GCUGUGUCUGCCAGGCGCAGCUCCGCCUCCUGGUCCCGGGUGCGGGGGCGGCGGUGCGCUUAUCCCGGGACGGGGCUCAUCCGCGGGGUCCGGGACGGCGCCGCCGCCGCGGGCAGGACAUGCUAGGUAGAAAAGAAUCCUGUGCUUCAGGACAGUUACCAAUGACCAGCCUCAGCUGCCUUUUCUAUGCACUGGAAGAAUGGACUGUUGUGGAGUUCCUGAAGAAAUAUCUUUUUCAUCUGAUCAUUGCCUCACUGACAAUUAGUGCAAUAUUAGUUUUUUUUAUAGUUCCUUUAACAAUCGUCUUUUUCAUUUACCUUACUAAUAUUUUGCUUUUAAUAUAUCAGAGGAACAAUGCGUUAAAAGCAGAUCCCUUGAGUGAUGUUUGGAAUAGUGUAAGAAAAACUAUAGCAAGCUUUUGGGAUAUAUAUGCAAGAAUAUGGCAUGGUUAUGAGCUUCAUGGUGUGAAAAACCUCCCAGAAGGACCAGGCAUUCUUGUGUAUUACCAUGGAGCUAUUCCUAUAGACUACCUUUACUUUUUGUCUAGGCUGUUUCUGUGGAAGAAAAGACUUUGCCUGUCAGUAGCUGAUCAUUUUGUGUUUCGUUUACCAGGACUUAGAUUAUUGUUGGCAGUGACGGGUGUCAUACCAGGUUCAAGGGAGGAGUGUCUUGUUGCCCUGAAGAAUGGAUACUUGGUGUCCAUCUCACCGGGCGGAGUUCGAGAAGCGCUGUUCAGUGAUGAAAGUUAUCAGCUCAUGUGGGGAAAUAGAAAAGGCUUUGCUCAGGUCGCUCUAGAAGCAAAAGUGCCCAUCAUUCCAAUGUAUACUCAAAAUGUCCGUGAAGGCUACAGGAUGUUUAAAGAAAGAAGAUUUUUUAGACAGUUAUAUGAAAGCACUCGAUUGCCAUUUACGCCUCCAUACGGAGGACUUCCAGUUAAAUUUCGCACAUAUAUUGGGAAGCCAAUUCCUUAUGAUCCGAAUAUAACUGCAGAGGAAUUAGUUGAAAAGACAAAGACUGCUGUCCAGGCUCUCAUAAGCAAGCACCAAACAAUCCCAGGCAGCAUAUGGAAGGCUUUACUGGAGAGAUUUGAUAAACGUCGUAAAAGUGAUUAGAAUGCUCAUGUUUACUGCAUUGGUUUUGCAGCAUACAGUAAAAAACAAUGUCUUACAGCACUGGUAACUAAUAGUUGGUGUUAACCAGUUUAAAUUACAAAUUUCAACAGAUUUGGUGGAAGAAAACAAUUAACCUUUAGAAAGUUCCCCCAUAUCUUUGAGAAUAUCCUGAACUAAGAAAGACUACUGAAGAUGACUUACAUAUAAUAGCAGUGCAAUAGCUAAAUUCCCCCAAAGGAAAUCAUGCAGCCAAGAUUUUCUUGGUCCCUAAAACAAGUUUGUACUUACAAUCUGAGGGCUUUAGUAGUGUUGUCUAGAUCUGUGUGUUUGUGUUUCGAGCACAGUCUGGUCUCAGAGCAGAGCCUCAGGGUUGGAGUUGUCCCACCAGAGACCACCCCAUGGGGGGCACCUCCCUGAUGGGCCCCAAGCAAGACAUGUCAGAACAAAUUGUCAUGCUUUAGAUAAUCAGCUACUGCUUACACCAUUCUCCUAGAGACUACAAAAAGAGACAAUCACAUUAAAACAGAUGUUAGACUCUUUCAAACACAUCAGCUUACUAGUGCGUACCCAGGAAAGCAGGACUGUGUGCAUCCAAGACUUCUUCCCCACAGAAAAAUGUUUUUCAAAGAGAGGAAAAAAAAAGCUUUAGUUCAGUGUAGCAAAUAUUGCAAACACAUGUAGAAGGUAGUUUCAAGUCUGAGCUGGUUCGUGCAUGCUCUAUUGCACCACAAGAAUAGUUGCUUAGUGAAUGAGGCUGCCCCAGCCUGGAAACCCCUGGAUAUGGUGUGUGCAAUAUGAUUGUGCUGUAUUUACUCAAAUCGCCCAGUGACCAGGCUCGGGGGGAGCUUUCUCAGGCAAUGCAUCUUUGAGGCUUAUCAUCACUGGUGGUUUGCCUAAAAAUGCAGUACUGCAGUACUGCCGGUACACAUUGAACAAAAAUGUCCGUUUGGAAAGGCAGUCUUGGCUUCCUAAUGCAACUUGUGGAAAAUUGAAAGUUAGCAUAAAGCAGAAUGUGUUUUUACAGGCUGUGGGAUGUUGUUACUGGUGGGAGUGGGACAACUUGGCGUAAUCUAUCCAACGUGCCACUAAAUGCAACCAGGUCUUAACUUCAAAGACCAAGGUAGAUAAUUUUUGUGCCUCAUUUUCCUUCAUGUAUUUUAAUAUAUAAAUAAUCUUUCCUCUCAACAUCCUAAAAGAUUACAUAGCAUCUAAGGAAAUAUAUGUAAUGUUUACCCAUUUUUCAGUAGAAAACUAAAUAUGCUCUUUGGUUUAAAAUAAAUUCUUCCCUGACCCUGCCUCUUCACAAGUAUUUCUUGCACAUCUGGUGAAGGGAGAGGGAUGGACAGGUGAGUUAUUUCCCUGGACCAAAAAGACAGGAAUCCUGUCAAAUCCUGUCAACCCUCUAAUCUGUCUUAAGAUACAGGAGUCUUCACUUGAACACCUUAACUAUAACUACUGUAUACAGGCAGAACGAUUUUUCUCCCAGCAGAGACUCAGCAUGCAUGGGAGAUGAUGAACUAAAGCAGAUCAAGAUGCAGACUGAUAUGCCUGGACAUAAGCAGGAAUUCAAACCAUGAAGUCUUACAUGCCGCACUGCAGCGAUACAAGCUAAAAUUCAAAGCCUGAGCUUUUAAGCGAGAAAAGGAUCUAAAGGAAAAGGUUAUAGAAUACUAAAAUGGACACAGAUGAAGAAGCAAGAGGAAUUAUAAGUAACCAGAAUCUGAAGGCUUUCUUUGUGUUGCAGAAACUGUAGAAGGACAUUGUCGGACUAUCCUGUUUUUCAAGUACAUUAAUACCGUCAUGGAAUGUGUCCGAGGAAGGGCAACGAAGCUAGUUCACUAAAGGGUCUGGAGCACAAGUCUUAUGAGGAAAAUCUGAGGGAAAUGGAGUUGUUUAGCCUGGAGAAAAGGAGCCUAUGUGGGGACCAACACCUACAACUAUCUGAAAGCAUGGUUGCGGCCAGGUGGGAGCUGGUCUCUACUCCCAGGUAACAAGGGACAGAACUAGAGAAGGAAGUUGUGCUGGGAAAGGUUUAGAUUAGAUACCAGUAAAAUUUUUUUCACUGAGAGGGUUGUCAGGCAUUGGAACAGACUGCCCAAUGCAGUGUUGAAGUCACCAUCCCAGGAGAUAUUUAGAAGAUGUGUAGAUGUGGCACUUGUGGAUAUGGUUUCGUGGUGGGUUUGGCAGAGUUAGGUUAUUGGUUGGACUCAAUGGUCUCAAACUUUCUUUCCAGCUUAACAAUCCUGAUUCUGUGACCAAUUAACCACUUCAGUAAUCAGAAUUUCCACAACCUUUCAAAUGCCAUGCUCUCUGAUACAUGAUGCUAGGAGCUGUGCUCCAACUCACAAUGGAGCACUAUCCUUGGGUAGGAGAUAUGUAAUCAGGGUGCUGAUUAUUUUUAAAAGCUGAUAUUUCUGCUUUCUCUAUCUCCUCUAUUUCAGCAGCUGUUAAUAUUUUCUAACAAGGUUUAAGUUUUUUCCCAGGCUAUUACAUCUUUUAGCAGCACCACUGUGUUAUUUGCAGCUUCUCUGAGUAAAAAAAUAAUUUCUAUUUGUUGUCUUCUGUCACAGUUGUCUAAGAGUAUUUUCUAGGGCUUCAAGAUGAUAGACAAAAUUAUUACUGAGAAACAGGAGGGGUUUUGAAGGAUAUAUGUUAUUUUUCUAAUAAAAAAUUGUAAACCAUUUUUUUCAGAAAUGUUAUAGUGCUGCUCUAAUAAUAACCAGUU